AUGAUUGCUAAGAUGAGAUACAGAAUACUUCCCAAGAAAGGGAAAAAGGCUUGCACUCAAUGUCGACAACAGAAGUCAAAAUGCGACGUUUGGAGAGAUGAGACGGUGCCCUGUUCCCGUUGCAAGAAACACGGCUAUGAAUGCACCAUCGAUGAUGCCUUCACAAGAGAGCAUAAACGACGACGACUGAAUGAGCUGGAAAAGGAGAAGGAGCAAUUGCGCCAACAACUACAGAUCUCUCGGCAUAGGCCCACGAAUCAUCCAGCAAUUGCUCCUGUACUGCCAGCGGCUAGGAUGGGAGUACCAAUAGGACCGACUUCCAGGGCUGGGUCCGAUGCUUCACAAAGCUUAGCCCCUCGUCCCGAUCACCCUCUAGCACUUGCAGAUUCGUCAACCAGUGAAAUGGCGCAGGGGAAUAGUCCGACAAGCUCACGAUCCCUCAAGGGCGUGAAAGUGACCGGAGAGGAGAUCGACGAUAUGUAUCAAAUAUUCUUCCGUCACUAUGCCUCAUUUGUUCCAAUUCUCGAUCCCCAAGUCAAGCCAGACGUUUACUAUGCGCAGUCACCAUUCCUUUUUUGGGCCGUUAUAGGUGUUUGCAGUCGGUCAUAUCCCCGCAACCCGACCCUGCAAACGGCAUUGGCCCAGGAGAUCACAGAAAUGGCGUUCUUGUCAGUUCUGUCCACUUGUUCGCCAUGGUAUACGAUUCAAGGCCUGUUGCUAUUGUUAACCUGGCCAUUCCCGAAAGAAAAUCGACCCGAUGUCACAUUUCCUUUGAGUGGGAUGUUGCUACACGUGGCAAUGCAGAACGGGUUUCAUAUUCCCAUGUCGAGUCACGAAUUCUCCAGAGUGAAGAUUCCAGCGCCAUCGGAACUAGACAUGAUUCGUCGGUCAGAACUCUGGGCUCACUGUGUCCUGGUAUACCAACGGUCUUGUGCAAUAAAGGGCCAAUCUCCACGCAAUCUGGUUAGUUUAGCGCAGGACCCAAUCCAACGCCAGAUGCUGUUCAACAUAAUUGCUCCCGAACUAGCCCAAAAGCUUCGGUGCCAAGAGCUGGUUGGGAGCUGCAGUGAGGCGGUCCUUGAGAACGGGGUGCGUGCCAUGUCUUUGGAACAAGAAGUAUCCCUGGACGGACUGUUGCGAGUGUAUGAAAAUCAGGUGGAUGAAAUUGAGUCGCAGGCGAUCGCAGAUGACGAGAGGUACCAUCUUCUUCUUUGCAGGAUGGCAAUACAGGGGUUUCAUUUAUACAAAAUGCGAACCACAGUCUCCAGUGGGUGUCUGCCACGUCUCAUCACAACGGCUUGCAACUUGAUCGAUUACAUUCAGGCAAUGGCAGACAAGAUGGGGUUCCUUUCUAUGUCACCCGUGCAAGUGGGAUUUGGCCUACUCCUUGCCUCGAUGACACUUUUGCGUAUACUCAAAAGCAACAUUGACGCGAUUUCACUAGAUCUCAACCGCGCCCGAGCCUCAUUCUUCACAGCCAUCAACCUUGCGAAGCAGAUGUCCACCGACAGAACGGAUACAGCGGCGAAAACAAUCACGGUGCUGAACCAACUCUGGAAUAGCAGCAAAGCAUUUCGCAAGGCCGAUGGUUCUGAAUAUACCGCCCUUCGCAUCCGGAGUCGCUUGAUCCUAAGUCAGAUCUUGGACGCUGUCUGGUGGUGGCGGGAUGAGUUUGACCCUCACACUCGUGCCAUAGUCCGCGGCAACGAAGCCAUGGAAGUCGGCGACAUUUCCAGAACUGCUACUCGCUCUGGUGGAAAUGCCGGAUCUUCCAUCGGAGGAAGCGAUCCAACCAGGGAGCCUUUGGGCAGCGUAUUUUACAACAUGGGCCCACCUCCACAGGAGGAAUUCAUGAUGGAUGAGGAUUUCUUUGCUAAAUUCGAAUGGGCGAUAAGCGAAGAAGAAUUUCUCUCGCUGGGCGCUUUUCCUGCGAACUGGGCAUCUAGCAACAACAUAACUUGA